AGAAUUUGCUUCCUGCCAUGUCCUUGUCCAUGUUCUCAGUCUUCCGUCGACUGAGCGUCAAUCGGUAUCCUCCUGCUACUGCUUUCAGACGCUCUUAUGCAUCCAAAAGGCCCUUACCACCACCACCACCGAUGGGAACCUCCAACGGUUCUCCCGGCUCGAAAGUAUUGGCAUACCUCCGUUACUCCCCAUGGUCACCCCGAUUUCCAGGCUCUUGGAAAGCUCGAGCAAUGUUCCAAUCAGUGAUAUAUGCUAUCGGAAUUGUUAUCGCUACGAAUUAUUUUGAUUCGUAUCUUUUUCCCGAGGGCAAGAAACGCGGUUAUGCUACACCACAAGAAAUCAAAGUUGCGAUUGAAAAGUUACAAGCUGCAUUCCCAGAACAAGGACGUGUCUCUACGGAUCCUGAAGUGUUGAAACAACAUGGCGCGUCAGACAACUCAUAUCAUCCCGCUUCGCCGCAUUCUGUCGUGGUCUACCCUCAAAACACGGAAGAUGUCGUUCAAAUUGUAAAAAUCGCAACAGACUCUAUCAUGCCCAUGGUUGUUUAUUCGGGCGCGACCAGCUUGGAGGGACAUUACUCUGGGUUUCCAACAGGAAGCAUUUGCAUCGACAUGUCAGGCAUGGAUAAAGUUAUGGAUAUCAAUGAAGCCGACUCCGACUUGACCUGUCAAUCUGGAGCACGAUGGGAAGAUAUCAAUCAGACUCUCAAAGAUAAAGGCAUACCACUAUUCUUUCCUCUUGAUCCCGGACCUGGCGCUACAAUAGGUGGAAUGGUGGGCACCGGAUGUAGUGGAACAAACGCCGUUCGAUACGGAACUGCAAAAGCAGAGUGGUUCUUGAACCUGACCGUGGUUCUUCCCAAUGGUGAAGUUAUCAAAACGCGCCGAAGAGCGCGAAAAUCUGCUGCUGGUUUCGAUACUACGAAGAUUUUUAUAGGUGCUGAGGGUACUCUUGGGAUUGUGACGGAAGCCACACUCCGUCUCGCACCAAUGCUUCCGACCAAAGUCGCAAUGGCACAAUUUCCGGACGUUCAACAGGCUGUCAAUGCAGUGCAAGAAAUUUUAAACAGUCCUUACGGCGCUCAUUUCCAAUGCAUUGAGCUGCUGGACGAUAACAUGAUCCGAGCCAUAAACUCUGCGUCCCUGACCUCUUCACGCUCCAAACUCCCGGUCAAGGACACUUUGUUCUUCAAAAUUCAAGGGGACGAUGCAUCUAUCAAACUUACUUCCAAAUCUCUGCAAUCUAUCAUCAAGAAACACGGAGCCGACCGAUUUGAAUUUGCAAAGAGCGAUGAUGAGGCAGAGGAGCUUUGGGAAGUGCGCAAGUAUGCGUUGAUGAGUACACUGGCUUCAGGAGGUGAUUCAGCCAGGUGCUGGACGACCGAUGUCUGCGUUCCCGUCUCGCGCCUCCCUGCCCUUAUUUACUCCACCAAACAAGAUCUCUUACAUUCCGGACUUCGGAGCACGAUCGUAGGACAUGUCGGGGAUGGCAACUUCCACGCUCUCAUUCUGUUCAAAGAUAAAGACGAAGAAGAGCUUAAGCGUGUUGAAGGUGCUGUGCAUCGUUUAGUUAAGAGGGCGUUGGAGUUGGACGGUACGUGCACCGGAGAACAUGGAGUUGGGGUUGGGAAGAAGGAGUAUUUAGUCGAAGAGCUUGGUGAGGGGACUGUUGAGCUUAUGAGAACGAUCAAGGAGGCUGUGGAUCCGUUGUGUUUAAUGAAUCCUGGAAAGUUGUACCCGGAUCGGAAAGGCUAAAGAUCCUCGGAGUUGAAUCUAUUGUAGGUUAUCUAAGUGUGGUUAUCUUCGAGGAAAUAAACGGCGA